AUACUUUCGCAGUACCAUCUACGUCAAGACACGGUCGAGAACAACAAUGAAAUGUUCUUACGCGUGUGUUGUUUGUGUUUUAUCUUUUAUUGCGGGUUUCCUGUGUCUGUUAACAUCUGCAGCAGUUGUCAUCUUUGCGAUAUGGAUUUGGGUCACUCAUGAUUGUGUGUUGGAUCCGGAAGGAAUAUACGUUUUCCAAAUCAUUCGAGCAAUUACUGUUAUAUUGCUCGUCUUACUUUCUGUGGAGACGAUUGCUUCUGGUCUUCUACUUGCAGGUAUAAUAAAGAAAAACCAACUAUGGAUAGAGUUCUGGAUAUGGUACCAUUCUGCUGUUACCGCUCUUAUUGCAGUAACAGUAGCGUCUGUUGAAAGAACUCAUAGUGUAAUAUUAUACAGCAUUCUUGGUGCAGUGGUUUCUUUCAUCGUGUGGUAUCCUGCCUAUCUUCAUGGGAAACAGGAACCUGAACAACAUGGAUAUCACACAGCAUAUGACUUAAUUGAAGAUGUAGCAUCCCGACGGUCGUCUGUGUAAAGUGAUAAGAUGUAAUUACGAAAUAUGUUGUAAAACAUUGAGCAAGUGAAAUGAGUGAUUUAACAAUAGCGAGUACUUUACUUGCCAGAAUGAACUUCAUUAUAAAUGCAGAUUUGGUAACAAGUAAAUCUACAUUUUCUGUUAUCCAAAUCUCUGGCGUAAUCAAUGAUUAUGGGUUUGGACAAUGUAACAAGAAAACUGCUAAAAUUGGAUAAUUAAAAUAGGAGAAUGAAACAAUUAUUUCGGGGGUAAACUUUUAAUUAAAGUUCAUAAAUAGGAAAGUAAUCUAUCAUUACAACAGAAUCUACACAAGAUUUGUCCAAGUUUUGAAAAAAAUGUGUAUAUUGGAAAGAAGUUUCAAACAACAAAGUGUAAAUUAAAAAUGUAGUUAAGAGACUAACGAAGAACAAAAUUCAAAGGAUACUAAGAACGCAAUUUUCCCCUUUUCGUGAUGAAAAGGGAGUAAUUUUACUAGGGUUUGAUUUUGGUACAUUUUGACCCUAAUUAUAAUUUAUGCAAUUCUGUAUUUAUUUCACGGACGUCAAAACAAUUUUUUUAGUAAAAUCCAGUGCUACAUUCUUUCCCUUAAACUUUCAGAACACCAAGACUGAUAUUUCAUCAAACUACGGAGAAAUCUCCAAACAAGAGCCUCUACAUAAAAUACCACACUCAUGUUAGUAUUAUUUAUCAUAUGUUUUAGUCUAUGAACUGUGCUAGCUCCUAAAAUAGGAAACCAUCAUUUCACACGGUUCACUUCGCAAUCACACGCGUCUCGAUUUUGUUGAAGUUAUUGACGAGAUGGUCAAAUUAAUAUAUAGUAAAUAUACAUGAAAGUGUAAAAUAUACAAAUGAUGAAGUUGUGGUGGGAGGUUUUCCAAGUUGCAUAGACAUCGAGGUCAUUAGCAACUAAACAGACAGAUACAUUCUCAAUUAUGAUAUCAACUUUUUAAACAAUUUAUUAAAAAAUCUUAUUAUCUAUAUUCCAUUUUUAUAGAGAAAUAAGAGCCAUAGAUUAUAAAGGGUUCCCUAACGAUCCAUAUUUUGAAGUUUUCACUAGAAAUAAUUAAGAGCAGUCUAUUUCGAUUGAGGUGUUCACCGAUUUUUGUUUAUUAUCUUUUUCUUUUGAUUUCUAUAUUAAUUUUCACAGGCAUUCAGCAAUAAGCGAGGCCUGAUUAGUUUUUACUUGGCGAUUUGUAUGUAAUAUUUGUAUGUCUAUUUCGUGUAUGAUUUAUAAAUAUCCAACAGCAAACCUUAUUGCAGCAACCCUAUUGAAUGUCACCAAAUUUAAUAACAGCUUUUCCCUAAUUUACAAAAAUUAUUUUUUUCUGAUAAUGUUUGCGUUAAAUAAAAAAUGAAACCAAUAUAUUUUAAAAAUAUAUUAUGAUUUUAUAUAGUUUGUACACACCACUAUUACAAUG